CUCCCCAUUUGUUGAACUAUAACUCCCAUCAGUCCCAGCCAGCACGGUCGGUGGUCAGGGAUGAUGGGACUUGUAGUCCAGCAACCUCGGGGAGCCCCCUCACAUUAGCCGCCCCGAGCUUAACGCAUUCCAGUGGCCACAUAAAUAUUCAUGGCGGGGUAUCUCGCUAGGUCUCCUCGUACCUUUUCUUUACCAGGGCUUGUUUCAUGGGCCCCGUUUCACGGCGAAGCACUACUUUGGGAGAAGUGAGCGCGGGAAAGAGGCUGGGUCGGCGUCCUCCUCUGAGGCGCUGAGGGCGCGCUUCUCGCCGGCGAGGGCGGUGCCGAAAGCGGACGCUGCUGCGAAGACCGGCGUGCCUCUGCGUCGCGGGGCUCCGGGGAGAGCCUGGAAGCCGCGUCCCACGCUUGUCGCCUCGCGCGUACUUCCCUCACAGUAAUGCGAUAUGGCAACCUGCUUGCACCUUUACAAGAAGAGUACACUUCCUCCACUUCUGGAUAGGUACCUCCCAGUUAAUUCUAGGAAUCAGAAUGGUCCAAACCUGCAAACGAUAGAAACAGAUGAUAAAAGGAGGCCAAGAAACAACAAACAUGUUUUAAGUGAUGAAGAUAAAGAUGAGCUCAUCCAGCGGUCACUGCAAGAAAAGCGUUAUCUUGAAACCUAUGAGAACAUGUAUAAGCUGAAAAAUUUAUUGAGUAAACGCUACAGGACGUUGUUGGAUGAGAAAGUUAGAAAGCAACGAAUUCAGAUCAAGAUGUCUGAUCUCAGAGGCCAACAACUUCUUAAAGACAAAACGAAAAAGAGUACAGAUUCUUUGUUGCCGUCUGUUGACACCUGCCAGUCUCCAGCUUUUCAUGAGAGGAAACAGUUGCUGCUUUCUUGGCUUUCUGAAGUGCAGAAAAGACUUGGAGAGCCAUCUAGGACUCAGCAGGUGGAUACUCAGCCUCCUCCUAAAGGUGUAAUCAGGCUUCCUAAUCAGAAGAAAACAUGCAAACAAAAUCGGAAAUAUGAACAGCAACUUCACUCAUUGCACCAUAUAUAUUAUUUUUCUCUUCUUAACAUGGCAUUAUCCAGGAGGCUCCUAGAACAAAACGGACAGUUUACAGAUGUCAGAACACAGCAGAGUGUGCAUGAUCUGAUGAAUUAUUUGUAUCCAAAUUUCCAUCAACGAUCUGGAAUGAAUCAGGGCAACAGCUUAAUAGAGGAAAACUUGGUUCCAUCUUUAGUAAGUAGAAACCUGCAGGAAAUGCAUUGCAAGGAUUCCACCAAAACAUUAAGAAUUUUGAAAGAAAACAAAAAGAUGUUGAAGCAACAUAAAGAUAGAAGUGUUCUUGAAAUUUUCCCUGAUAGAGUUGAAACUCAGAACAUCUCUACCUUUGCCCAGCCUGAAAUGGUUCCUGUGCCUUUAACUCUGGGAGAUGGUGCUCUCUAUGCUCAAGUUGUGGAAACCACACCAUUAAACACAUAUUGGACAAAUUAUGUUGACAAUGACUCCAUCAUCAACAGUGAAAAACAGUAACUACAAGUGGGAUCUUUUGAAAAUAAUCUGCUCUGUAGAUUAUUGUGAUUAGUGUUGAGAUUGGUGUGUGUGUAAGUGUUCCCCUACCAUCCCUUUCUUUACUUAAAAGUUGAGAACAUUUUUGAAAAGAUAACUAUAUAACUUUUAUUAAUGCAUAGGGUUCUUUUUUUCUUUGUUGAAAUUUUGGGCAUUGCAAUGUAUUUCCCCAAAAAAAUGUGAUUUAUUGUUAUGCAUUUAUUCUCUCUCUCUCUCAUAACUCCAUAUGCAAGUCUUGUUUUAAUUCCUAAAAACCCCCACAACCCUUUGCAUCCUUUCCACUGUGUUGCUUAAAUCUGUAGGGGCAUCAGUUGUGAUAAAUACUUUUUUAAAUAAAUAAACAACAACACUUUUAAAUUCCAA